UCUGAUGAGAAACGUCUUUACAAAACCACUGUAUAGAUGUGACUGUAUGGGAUUUUCUCACACUUACAUUCUUUUAUUCUCUUAUUUCUCUCUCACAAUCACCAUUUCUCACUGUCCGUCCCAUCAUGCUUUUCUCUCCUGCGAAUGAAUGGAUGCAUUUGUUCCCCUUAGCAAGUAUAACAUGGCUGUUUGUGUUUGCUUUCAUGGAUGGGAGAUGGAGUCAUAAGACCAGGCCUGCAGACACACACACACACACACACUUUCCCAUGCUAGUCAUAUGAGUUUUAGGGCUUAAUCAGAGAUAGAGAGAGAGUAAGUGAGAGCGGAGGAGAAUUGGAGAUGGAGGAUUUCCUGUGGAGAAUGCGGGUCUGGGCGUCCGUGUGCUUGAGGAAAUGUUGUUGGUGUUGUGGAGAUAAAACAGUCAGAAGGGAAGAAAAAGAGGAAAUGUUUGAGAUGAGAGUAGAAGAGAUAAAAGAAACAAUCAAAACAGAAGAAAAACCAUCAAAGACUUGGAGUGUGUCCUCCCUCCCAGUCGCUGAGCUGGGUGAGCUGGACGGGGUGGAGAAACCACAGCCGCACUGGUUUCACACGCUGCAGGUGCGACGGCUCAGAGUUCAGAGGGGCCGCAGUAACAGCGAUCCGAUGGGAGGAAAGAGCUUCCAGCAAGAGUUCCAGUGGAAAACUGGCCUGCAGUUUGGGAAUGCAACAUCUUAUCUUAAUCUCGAAAAACUUGGAGAGGGCACAUAUGCCACAGUUUACAAAGGAAUUAGCAGGAUAAAUGGUCAUCUCGUGGCUUUAAAGGUGAUUCACAUGAAAACUGAAGAAGGAAUUCCAUUCACAGCUAUUAGAGAAGCCUCCUUGUUAAAAGGCCUCAAACAUGCCAACAUAGUCUUGCUCCACGACAUCAUUCACACGCGAGAGUCUCUCACCUUUGUCUUUGAGUACAUGCAAACAGAUUUGGCUCAAUAUAUGAUUCAGCAUCCUGGCGGACUUCACUCUUACAACAUCAGGCUCUUCACGUUUCAGUUGCUCCGAGGAUUGUCUUACAUUCACAGCAGAAGAAUUCUGCAUCGAGACCUCAAACCUCAGAAUUUGCUCAUCAGCUAUCUGGGAGAACUCAAAUUAGCCGAUUUUGGUCUGGCCCGAUCUAAGUCCAUACCGUGCCAAACGUACUCCGCCGAGGUCGUGACUUUAUGGUACCGCCCGCCAGAUGUUCUCAUGGGCUCCACUGAUUACUCCACAGCCCUGGACAUCUGGGGAGCCGGCUGCAUUUUUAUUGAGAUGCUGCAGGGGUCACCAGCGUUUCCUGGAGUUGCUGAUGUCUUUGAGCAGCUGCUGAAGAUUUGGACAGUCGUCGGGGUCCCGACCGAGGACAGCUGGCCAGGUGUCAGUGAUCUGCCGAACUACAAACCAGAGUGGUUCCUGCCCUGCAAGCCCCGGCAAUUUCGAGAUGUCUGGAAAAGACUCGCUCAGUUACCUUAUAAGACGGAGGACCUGGCCCAGCAGAUGCUGAUGAUGAUUCCAAAGGACAGGAUUUCAGCCCAGGAUGCAUUGCUGCACCCAUAUUUCAACACUCUUCCACCUCCGUUAAUGCAUCUAAGGGACACCGUGUCCAUCUUUAAGGUGCCGGGCGUGAGGUUAGAGCCGGAAGCGAGGGAUAUCUUCAGCCCCAGCAGACGAAUGAAAUCGCCUCUUGCUCCGCUGGCCAAGUGCUGGUGAAAGACUUGUCUUUGUAAAUAGUUGGUGUGCUCGUGAAACCAAAAACACGCCAGCAUGAGUAAACGUGACACUGUUGCAGCAUGACGGUCAGUUUGUAUAUGCAGAUCUAAAUCAGCUUUAUCAAAUUUAGGCUAUUUCUUAGGGAAUAUCAGAUUACAUUUCAUAAGAAUCAUGUUUUUACAUUUUGGACCAGUAAUAGCUUAGAGAAAGUUUAAUGGUAGAUCGUGACGAUCCAAGUCGAAGCUGAUUUAUCACCAGGAUCCAUGCAUUCAAACACUGUAUUUUGAGAUCGUAUUCACGGAGAGAGGAUCAGAUAUGUCUGCUUUCCUGCCUCUCAGCAAAGUAAUGUUUACAGCACACUUUCAUUGUGAACAAGUUUGAAUUAAAUGCACUUUUUUUGUAUAUAUUGCACAGAAAAGAGUGAGAGUGUAAGAGAGUUGAAUUGGGAAUGUGAUAUGAGAAUACGUGGAAGAAUAUACCUACUAAUAUUUCAAAGCUCUAUUGUAUAGUGUGCAGGUGAAAAAAAUACUUGUAUGCGUGCAUAAAACACCUGGAGAGUCUCUCCUGAAAUUACCUGUUUUUGUACAGCACAUACUCAUAUUUCUGUGGCCAGCGUGUCAAAACAUGUUUAGUACUGUUUUUAGCUAAGUUUGUAUCAAGUUCAUCAUUAAUAGUGUCAGUAUAUUUACAUUUUAAAUGUGUAUGUAUGUAUGUAUAAGAUGCAGCUUCUAAGUCAAUGUUCUAAGUGAGAGGUGCACAGCAAUAAUCGUCACCAACAAAUAACCAAUAGCAAUCACUCAAUGCUGAUGUCAUACACAAACUUCAACAUAAUCUGCAAUACUGUGAAAAUUGUGUAUGUGUUGAUAAAAUUGUAUACAAUCCCA